CCCAACCUACCAUACCCCACACUCAUCUUCCCCUUUUUAGCUCUUUCUCUCCCUCUUAUUCCCUUCUUCAUCUCCAACACCGCUUGUUUUCUUUCGUCUCCUCAAACCAGUCAAAAUCCCCCCUUCUUUCUUCCCAAAGGUUAAAGUUUUGUAGGUUCAAGUAUGGAUUCAAAUUUCGUCGAUGAAAUAGACUGCGGCAGCUUCUUCGAUCACAUUGACGACCUUAUCGACUUCCCCCCGGAGAAUGAGUGCGGCGGUGUCGGCUCCGGCGACUGCGCCAAUUUCCCCAGCAUUUGGGACGAGCCGUUGCCGGAUUCCGACCCCAUUUUCUCCGCCGCCCACAGCCAUUCCGCUUCUGACCUCUCCGCCGAGCUCUCAGUUCCGUACGAGGAUAUUGUGCAGCUGGAAUGGCUUUCAGCGUUUGUGGAAGAGUCAUUCUCGGAUGGAGGGCUAACUCUUGGCAAAGAGAACUAUCCACUCAACCCGAAGCCGGAAUCGGACAAGAAAUUCCAGGCUGCUUCGAGCCCGAUUUCGGUUCUCGAGAGCAGUAGCAGCAGCAGCAGUAGCAGUAAUUCGUCGUGCUCGGGGGGAAAGGCGAUGCCCCUGAGCCCGAGCCAGCGCGGGGCGCAGCGUGCUCGCAGCAAGCGCCCCCGCCCGGUGGCGUUCAAUCCCAGGCCGGUGAUGCAGCUUAUCGAGACCCCACAGGUGGAGAGCUUUGCGGAUUCGCCUGCGAAGAAGGUUCCGAGGCCACCAGCAGGAGCGGGCGAGCAGAAGAAGAAAAAGAAGAUCAAGUUCUCCAUGCCCGCCUUGCCUAAUCCAGGCGCCCCGAAUCAGGAUCAGGGCGGGGCAGUCAGGAAAUGUAUGCAUUGUGAGAUCACGAAGACGCCUCAGUGGAGGGCGGGUCCCAUGGGGCCUAAAACGCUCUGCAACGCGUGUGGGGUUCGUUACAAGUCGGGCAGGCUGUUCCCGGAGUACAGGCCGGCAGCCAGCCCUACGUUUGUUCCGUCUCUUCACUCCAACUCCCACAAGAAGGUCGUCGAGAUGAGAACCAAGGCGGUCCCCAGCCUCGAGCAAUCCCCGGUUUCUUCUGUAGCUCCACCCGAGAUCAAGUGAAGAGGGAGGGAGGAGGGGAAAGGCGAAAGCAGAGAAGCAGUUUUCGUAGUCUAAGAGGAGUUUUUUCCCUUCCCUUCUCUGCAACUCUCCCCCCUGUAACUUCAGGCUUCAGCAGCAGUUAAUAUUUUAUUUUUGGUUUAAGGUUAUGUCCCAUAUUUCAUUGGUUCUUUGUACAGAACUGUUUGGUGGGUAGAAACAUAUUUUAGCAGAUUUGAAAGUGGAGGUUUAGGUGAUGAAUGUAGUGUUGGUUUUAGGUCUAUUGGAAUUAUUAUGAUUAGGUUUGGGUCAGAGUCUCAUUUCAUUUGUUUUUAGACCAAUUCUCAGCUAUGGUUUGCUUUUCUUGGUAGGAUUUGUUCUUUGCUGUACCCCCCAUGCUUCACCGGAAUUCUUUUUGCAGUUCAUCUGUUAUUAGGAAAUUCUUCAUUUAGUUUUGGCCUCAAUCUCUCA